AUGAAUUUCUUGAAACUUUUCUUAGUUGCUUUAGCUCCAGUUUUGAACACUUUGUUCAUUGCUGUUAUUGGGGCUGUUCUUGCACUUGACAACAUUGGAAUUCUAAAAAAGAAUACUAAAAAGCACCUCAAUAUUAUUGUAUAUUUUGUCUUCACUCCAGCUCUUCUUUAUAGCAGCCUUGCUAAAACUAUAACUUUGAGGAACUUGGUAAUGCUGUGGUUCAUGCCAUUAAAUAUUCUUCUAAGAUAUAUUAUUGGGACAACUCUUGCAUGGAUUCUUGCUAAAAUAACAAGAGUUCCUCGUCAUCUUCAUGGCCUUGUAAUGGGGUGUUGUGCUGCAGGAAAUCUUGGAUCGUUGCCUCUGAUCAUAGUUCCAGCAAUUUGUAAAGGAAGAAGUCACCCUUUUGGAGAUGUUGAUGCUUGCUAUCGUAAAGGAUUAGCAUUUACUUCCCUAACAAUGGCAGUAGGACACAUUUAUGCUUGGUCUAUUGUGUACAACAUUCUUCGCAUAUAUUCACCUAGGACCAAUAUUAUCAAAUUUAAUAAUUCCAAAAUAAAUAAAGAAAUUAAGAAUCUAGAAAACAUUGCAAAAUGUUCCACAAGAACAUUGACACCGAUUGAAGAAAAAUCAAUAUCUAAUGGUUACAUGGAUCAACUUGAAAUAGAAUGUAAAGUGAUUGACGGAGAAGAAAAGGCACAAGAAAAAUUGAAGAAUAUGAAGGCAGUAACAAUAUUAAUAAGUGACAAGAUCAAUUUAAAAGAACUAUUUGCACCAGCAUUAUGGGGAGCGAUGUUUGGAGUAAUAGUCGGUAUAGUUCCUCCAUUAAGAAAAGUAGUAGUUGGUGCAAGUGCUCCUCUUUGUUUUGUUCAAACCUCUACGAUUAUGUUGGGGGAUGCAUGCAUUCCAUCAAUGGUCUUGUUAGUUGGUGCAAAUCUUUUAAAGGGUUUAAAGGGAUUAGGAAAGAAGAUUCCACUUGUCGUAGGCAUUAUUGUGGUCAUAUAUGUUGCAUUACCAACAAUAGGUAUAUGCAUUGUGAAAGGUGCAGUUCAUUUCAACUUCAUAAGCUCUGAUCCAUUAUAUCAAUUUGUUUUACUACUUCACUACGCCGUUCCUCCUGCAGUAUCUGCGAGUACAAUGACUCAAUUGCUUGGAGUUGGUCAAAGUGAAUGCUCACUUAUUAUGUUUGCAACUUAUUCAUCAGCUCCAAUUCUGCUUACGUUUUGGUGCACAGUCUUCAUGUGGAUUGUGUUGUAA